GGUAACACUGCUCCAGUAUAGCCUGGACAAUUGGCCAUGGCUGUCAAAAUGUUUCUUCUCGUGCUUUUGCAAACCCUCAUCCAGUACCCACAGCUGGCGGGUGAUGGGCUGGAUGAGGCCACCCGUGUGCGCAUGGAGCUGCGCACCAAGUUCCUGAACAGGGAGAUGACUCGGCUGCUGCAGGAGCUGGAGCAGAGCAGCCUGGAGCGCACUGUCAGGGCCUGGGGAGCCCUGCUCUGGGCUGUCUUGCAGCACUGGAACUUCUGUGCUCUGAUUGUUGGCCUGGGCCUUCAUGUGGCACUGUGUAUUAUAUGCCUGAGAAGUAGCUUCCAGCCAGACAACAACGGCGAAGAGCAGGAGCAGGAAGGAGGUGGUGAUGGUGGUGGAAAUGAAGGGGAGGAAAAUCAUGAUGCCAUUGUGCUGGAAGACAACAAUGAGGAUGCAAAUGAAGAAGAAGACCAGGAUAUAGAAGAAGAAGAUAAUAUUGACAACAUCCUGAGAUGGAUUAUAAAGCGGCAAAUACCGUGGCGUGUUCUGGACCUGAAGGAAGGGAGCGAGGUAGCAACUUUCCUGAUGGACAACUUCUCCCUUGUGUUUGGACACAUCUUGUCCAACAGUUCCUACCCAAUGCUGCAACGAGCCAUUGGGGUGGGCAGUGCCUUUGAAGGGUGGAGUCCCCGGGAGGAGGAUGUCGUGUACAGCGUCCUUGUCCCCCUCACUCCUCCCCCGGGGCACAUCUUUCAUCUGGAGAUGGACACUUCAGGCCAGUUGCCUGGGAGGAACUUCUACAUCCGCGUGGAGCCGGUGUGCACCUGCAGGAGGGAGCAACAGGACGAGAACGUGCUGUGCUUCCUCCACCACCCAGAGGAAGAGCAGAGGAGGAAUGAGGAGCCCAACUUCCUAAACACCCUCUGCUCUGGCUCCUACCUAGAUGUGGAGAAAACUGCCCGCUGGUUCUACCAGCUGGUGAGAGCAGCCUGGCUGGCUUUGCCUCAUUCACACACUUGGCACUUAGUGCUGCUGCCCUCCAGCCGCUCCUGCAAAUUCAAGGUGAGCAGAGGCCAAGAGAGCCUGAUGGUUGAGGUGCUGUUUGGGGUGCAAGAAGGCAAUUCAGACAUCUAUGUGAGCAGCCAGCCCACAGAGGCCCUCUUCACCCCAAGCACAAUGUGGCCGGAGACCUACGCCGUGGCAGAGAUGAAGUUCUUCAGGCACAUUGCCCGGCAGGCUCCACGGGACAGCUGGCACCUCAAAUGCCUGCAGUUCUUGGCCCGUGCUCUGCUGGGCUUUGGCUUCUCCACCUACACCCUGAAGACCAUUGUGAUGCACCUCCUGAACAUCGUACCCAUGUCACGCUGGCGCAUGACGCAUUUCCUGCGGCGAGUGGGUGAUGCCCUGCAGUACCUGCACGGCUCCCUGGAGGAGAAACGCCUGGACCACUUUGUUGUGGGCAACCAGAAAUUUCCUGAGGAGAUUAUCUUGCCUCCGGAUAUUAUCUUGCCUCCGGAUGUCAAAGCUGCUGAGCCACUCAACCUCUUCCAUCGGCUGGCAGUGGAUCCCAUUGCCCACACCCAGGCUAUGAUGGAGUACCAUGAACUGGGAGAACGGAUCGAAAGGAUUGUCCUCUAUGGCCAUUGAAAGAGGUCUUCCCAUCAAGAUCUGUGCUUGUGGGGCUUACAGCUGA